CGCUUUACCCUCAGCAAGAAGGCAGAUCAACUGCAUGGAAAAAGACAGUGGAAUGGCCAUACCCACCAUGUUGCAUUCCAGCACCAGGAUCCUGGUGGGGAAGGGGGGCUCCAUUCUGCCUUCCCCAGAGGAAGAGGCUCACGUCCGGGCUACGGAGAAGCCAGCCCCUGCUGGCAUAGAUGAACCGCUUACUACGGAGGAAGAACCGCACUGCGCUUCAAUCAUCGCGCAGGAGGAGGGGGACGAGUCGGAGGACUUUAGCCUUAAAUGCACUAAUAACUUCUACCUGACAGUGUCUAACAUUGGGAGGCCUGUUGUGAAGGGCUGUGCGGGCCAAAGAGGUGAUCUGUCUGAGAGUCAGGACGAGGAGUGUGCUUGGAUUCCCACACGGUGCCAGAAGAGGCGCAAGAGGCAGAGGAAGAAGAUGGAACUCUCCAGGGACAACAGGUGGACUGAGAGAUGGAGAGAAGUUGGAGGAGGAGGACGAGUGCGAACAAUCAGAUUGAGGGAGGAGGACAGGAGAAGAAGAAGAAUCCCACCACCUGAGCAGUGUGACCGGGCGGUCAGCAGCAGCAGCAGCAGCGACGAGGGUCUAAGCGCCACCUCCACAGGGCAGCACAGGUGGAGGAGCUCAGAUCAGUGGAGGAGACCAAGCUCUGGGACAACGCAGCCUUUCCAGCCCCACCAACUGGUCCUUCCCCAAGGCUUUGCCGUUGGCCAGCACAAGGCCCCACUCUAUGAGUCUCCAAGCCUCGACAGCCUUGGCACCGUUCUUUCAAGCAGUCCAGAAGAUACAAGGACGAGGCCUGGCGGCAGUGGUGACUCUUCACAAGAUGGCCAUGUAGGCCUACAGCAUGUGGAUGAUAGCCAACGACAUUCUCCCUCUUGUCAACAUUCAGGGCAGCGGCUGCUGCGGCACACACCUACACUCUCCGGUGCAUCGGACCCGAGGCCCAGAAACAGCAGCAGCAGAGGUGGCCACGUGCAGGACGUUGGUUCCAUGUGCCUCCACAGCAGCAACACCCCCCAAGCCCAGCAAUGCUCUUCCUCUUGUCAACGCUCAGGGCGGUGCCACCACGCGCCAUGCCUCUUGAACUCCUCUCACGACUGCAACCACAGCGUUCACCACAGCACUGACUCCUUUACUCUGACGUCCAGUGACUCACAACGGAAUCUCUAUUUGAGCGAGAGUAGCCUCCAUAGCAGCUGUGUUUCCGGUCCCCACAUUGCCACCUCUAGUGAGUCGAGGGGCAACAACAGCAGCAACAGCAACACAGCCACCCUCUCCAGCUUGGACAGCGGCGGUGACUCAGACUCGGGGGGACACUACUUCCCCCAAAAUGCCAAAGUGUUGCGUAAAAACUGUGAAUGUGUCCAUGAGCAUGCGCUACUACAAACAAGCAGUAGCUUCAAGGACGAGACCUUAUCGUCCCUAUCGUCGUCGUGUUACACCAUCAGCAGAAGCUUCAGUGGUGCAGAGGAGGAGGGGGAGGAGGUCGGCAUGCCCAUCCUCUACUGUCUCGGAGGAAAAGAUGGUCAAACAAAUGGCUACAAUACCAAAAUCUCCUCCUCCUCCUAUUCCUCCUCAACUCCACGCAGCAGCAGCAGCAGCAGCACCCACCAGUUGUCUGCCUCAUUCUCCUCCCACACAGCGACGCAGGCUCAGACUUUUGAGUCUUUGUGCUCAAAACAUCAAGCCAGAUACGCUCAUGCCCUUGAUGGAAGAAGAAAACAUCACUCCCCUCCUGGUGUCUCCACUGACUCGUACACAAGCUCUUUAGUCAUCAACAGCAGCAGCAGCAGCGCUGAUACGAUGAAAGGAUCCUUUGACUUGGGCUCUUCUGAGUCCUCCUCUUACGUCUGCGUGGAUGGGAAAAAGGCCUGCGUACCUGUAGAUGUUGGGAGUAGUUAUUAUUCUUCAGGCUCCUGGUGCAGUAGCACCACCAGUGAGACUAGCAGCGUGUUGUUCCACUCGGACUCCUCCUGGUCCUCAUGUAACACCAUACAGCGAAGCUUUGAGUCCCUGUGCGGCACGAGCAACAACUCUGGGUCAGCGUACGUCUGCGUGAACGGAGGGGAAAAUGAAUCACAUAGUCCACAUAGCAGGACAGAAACGACAACCGGGGAGUCCGACUCGACACUCAGUGUUAACAGAAGCCUUGAUUCGUCGUAUUUAAGCAACAGCGAAGGUGCGGUUGUCUGCACCUGUCCUCGGCAGGUCUCGACGGAAAGCUUCAGUUUAGAGGUCUUCCCCAACCUCUACUGCAGUGAGACAGGCAGCCGUCCCAACCUCUACUGCAGUGAGACAGGCAGCCGUCCCAACCUCUACUGCAGUGAGACAGACAGCCGUCCCAACCUCUAUUGCAGUGAGACAGGCAGCCGUCCCAACCUCUACUGCAGUGGGACAGACAGCCGUCUCGCGUCAUCUGCGGUUACCUCGGUGACAGCCUCUGAGAUCUCUGCGUGUGACUCGUGCUGCGGGUGCGAGGGUGAGCUCGGCUCGGGGAAGGUCUCUGUCUCCAACGACGACGAGAGUUUUGACAGGAGGAGUGUUUCGGGUGGGUCCUCCUCCACUCUCGGUUUCAUUAGCAAUGUCAAGAAUGCCUCCCUGUCCGUCGGAAAUGCCUCCCUGUCCGAGUCGCCCUGUCUGGGUUUGUCAGACUCCACGAGCCCUUCAUCGCCUGGCAGUGGCCCGGUGAGAGACGGACUAGAUGGUGCGAACAAUAGAACCCUGGACAGGUCUACAGAGCCAGACUCUCCUUCUCAUGUGGUUCGUGAUCUGGUGAGAGAGGGAGUGAACAGCACCGUCACUCGGACCCUGAACAGGGAGACGGGGGGCGUGGAUACCGUCUCUCGAACCCUGGACAGGGAGAUGUGUGAUCUGGACUCCGGGCCGUCACACCUGGUGGCUAGCCGUCUCAAGUGGGUUCUGCAAGACCUGCGCGGCGUGGUGACCCAGUCGGACCGGCGCCUGGUGUCGCCGUAUUUCAGGGAGCUGGUGAAGGAAGCCGGGGACGACGGAGAGAGAGAUAAGAGAGAGACUGUGAAUGAAGGAUUCCUCUUUCAUCCUCAAAAGCUUCUGCAGCCCAGAGACCUGGAGUACAGAGAGGGCCACCAGUACGCCAUCCUCCACCACAUCCAGAACGGCUCCUAUGGGGACGUCUUCAGCGCAGUCGACCUCAACACAGGCUUCAAGUGUGCUGCCAAAAAGGUGCCUCUGUGCAGUUUCAGCUGGGAGGAGGUGGGCACCUGGAGCGGCCUGAGUUCCCCUCGCGUGCUCCAGCUGUUUGGGGCCGUCAGGGAGGGGCCUAACGUCAUGCUCUUCAUGGACCUGAAGACUGGUUCCCUGGCGCAGCUGUUGCGUUGCCGGGCGACUCUUCCUGAAGACCUGGCCCUCCACUACCACGUCCAGGUGCUGGAGGCCCUGGAGCACCUACACAGGAGACGCGUCCUGCACAUGGACAUCAAAGUGGACAACGUGCUGCUAUCUGAAGACGGACUAAACUGCUUUCUCUGUGAUUUCGGCCUUUCUGAGAUGCUGGAUGCCAAUGGACAAACACCGAAAGCCUUCCGUGGAUACGGGCUGCGGGGCACGGAGAGUCACAUGGCCCCAGAGGUGGCGAGGGGGGAUGCGCGCGGGGCCAAGGCCGACGUCUGGAGCAGCUGCUGCAUGCUGCUACACAUGCUCACCGGCUGCCACCCGUGGACCAGAUACUACGCACACCCACUCUGCCUGACAAUCGUGAGCGAGGAGCCGCCGCUGAGGGAGGCUCCUGCCAGCUGCCACCCGCUAACCCUGCAGGUGCUGCACCAAGGCCUUACCAAGGACCCCCAGCAGAGGGCGUCCGCCUCGCAGCUCAAGGACCGGAGCAGAGAGGCCCUGCAUGCAGUGGGUGGUCUAACCAGUGACGUAUCUACACAAUCAGCAAUAAAUCGCCAACAUAUCGAUCUCACCUCUGAUGGGACUAGAGGAUUGGCGAGCGGAGAACCCCUACCAGAGCGACUUCCUGCCACCCCCGCCAGCACCCAGAAAGCACCUCCCCUUUGCAGCUGUGACAUCCCCCAGGAAGCACAUUGUGACAUCACCCAGCAGGAGGCCCAUUGUGACAUCACUUUGUCUGCCUGGGACGACAACAGACCUCAGCCUCUGGAACACUGGGUCAGCAGCUGGAGGGAGAGAGCGCAUGAGGAGGACGAUGACGAUGACGCGGAGUGGGAGUCGGACGACGAGGAUGGGUGGAGUGAUACAGGGCAAGAAGAAGGAGAGAGUGAGAAAGAAGAGGAGGAGAAGGAGGAGCAGGGGGGCAGCGAUCUGGAGAGUCUGCGAGAGAAGGGGAGUGACUGGAUGGAGGAGGAGGAGGAGUGGGAACCCUUCCAUCGGUUGCAGAUCCUUUACGGCCCCAGAUGUCAGAACAAAGAUAUACAACAGCGGCACGGGGUCGUCAUGGAACGGGAAGAAUCUGGACAGGACAGCAGGUCUCACAACAAAGGAUUAGGUCUGGACAGCCUGCCCCUGCCUGCUUGCUCAACUCCUGGACCACGUCACCAACCUGCUGCCCUCAUCUCAAUACAUGAUCUGGAACAGCAACCUGAUUCCUCAGAAAAGGAGUCCGGUGAUUGGUCGGAUGACUUGAGCUCAGGCGUGUUUUCGAUUGACAACAGAGAGAGUUUCAAUGUUGAUUGGCUGGUCUCCACCAAUCAGCCUCCCUCCUGCUGCAUUGAAGGAUUGGGUGUGGACAUUUGGAUUGAGGAUUUCAGUGGAGAGAGCUUCCGGAUCCGGGAGAAGCCCCAGGUGAAGCUUGGCCUUGUUGCCAUGGGCAUCAGUGAGCAGAUCUCUGAGCGAACAUUCUGUCUGGCCACCCUGGACGGGAAGCUGGCUUGUCCAGACGAGGAGGUGCAGGAGUCGGGCACGUGGCUGCAGUGUGUCCCUGCUGAGGACGACUGCCCUACAUGGACCUGGAGGAUCAGAGACGGGAACCUUGAGGAGAGGAGAUGAUGAAAUGACAUGAACAACUAUGUCUUGAUCAGGAAUGGGCAACUUCCAUGAUAAGGAAGGCCACAUUUUAUUCCUUGCUACCAUGGAGGGCCAAAUGACCACAGAUCAUCUGACUGCAUCUCACAGACUUGUUUGGAAGGAGUCGGAGUACUCUCUGUUGGCCAACAACACUAUAAUUAAUUAAUUGAUUAAGCAGUGGUUUAAAAAAAAAAAAUCAGGUCAUCAUUAUUUUUUUUAUGUUUCACCUAUGAGCAACACUGAGUGAGGAGGUGGGUUGCAUGUGGUCUCCGGGCCUCCAGUUGCCCAUCCCUGAUCUAGAUCAACCAGGCUAGCAAGAGGAAAUCAUUUCGCCUGGCAAAUUGGUCGUAGUACGGAACUGCUGGAGGUCAGACCGUCAGAGGCAAAAGGACGGCAAACCCAUCCUCCAAUCACAACACAGGACAGCAAACCCAUCCUCCAAUCACAACACAGGACGGCAAACCCAUCCUCCAAUCACAACACGAGUGUUUUUGUUUCCCUGUUUGAUACGUUGGGGGUAGGUGUGUCUGCGGCCAAUCCCUGCCCCAAGUGGACCUGACGGAUCAGAGAUGGGAAACUAGAGGAGAGUGGGGGAAGGACAAUCACUCCUGAAAAGGGGCAGCUAUGGUGUAACGAUUAGGGAGUUGAUCUUUGGAACUGACGACUUCCGUUUUCAAUCCCACAAAAUGGCUGAAGUGCCUUGGAGUGAGGCAUCUAACCCCACAUUGCUCCAGGGACUGUAACCAAUGUCCCGUAAGUUGCUUUGGAUAAGGUAUAAUGUUAUAUAACAACUGUAUAGGAGCUAGGUAACUAAAAUAACUGAAAAUCCGCAAGGCAGAAAUCAAAGUGGAUUUGAUUUUUAAUCUUGUUGGGUGAUAUCACACUCCAGCCUACCGUACACGUAUGACCUGAAAAAAAACACAUUUAAGACAAAUGGAGUGGCUCCUGUAAGUACACCUUCCGGAAGAUGCCCUAUCCGCUCUUCACACCACGCACGGCUGCAUUAUCCGCUCUGUGCAUGUCAUGUGUGACACGAUUUGUGUGUUUCGCAAAAAGAAGGUCUGUAAGAUUUGUAUUAUUCAAGUAUUUGCCAUUUAACAUGGUUUAUGAAUAGGCCUACAUUAUUGAAAUGAUAUACUAAUGUCGUAUGUAGGAAAUAAGGUGGUAUGGGGAAAAUACUCAGAAUGACCAUUUUCUGGGUUUAUUAAGCAAGAAGUUAAAGAGUAGCCUAACUGACUGUUACUGUUAACAGAAUGGGGGGCAAGUGCUAUUCAGACAUACCGCUAUUCCGACAUACCGCUAUUCCAAAAUGCCAUAGGGUUAGGGUCAAGGUUAAGGGUAAGGUUAAGGUUAAGGUUAAGGUUAAGGUUAAGGUUAGGAUUAGGGUUAGAAUAACUAAACUGUUAAAGCCUGAGCAAUGUAGCACAAACCACAGAUUUGGCUGAUUUUGGUGGGAAACGUGCCGGUAUUCAGACAAUAGACAUCAAUGUCUGAAUAGCGGCCUGUCUGAAUAGCGGCAUGUCUGAAUAGCGGCAUGUCUGAAUAGCGCAUAUGUAACCAACAGCAUGUGGCCAUCUGUCAAAGAUAUUGAUCAGACGCUGGUGUGAAGUGUGUUUUGUCAGAUCACAGAGUGAUACUCAUUGUCAUACAUUCAAGACGAAAUUUUUUUAAAAAAUUCAAAGGUAGAAUUUUCUAACCAGAAUACGUUUAAAUGGCAAAAUGUGCAUGCACGCUACACGGCAAAAGCAGCAGUGGGCCAUCUAGAAUGUGCCAAUGCUACAGAAAUCGCUCAUGCACAGAACGGAUAAUGCAGCCCUGCUCGGUGCACUUUUACAGUUACCAUUUUUUUCUGCUAGACCCCCCUUUUGGACAUAUUUCCACAGCUUUCCAACCUUUUUCUUUGUCCAUUUCUUAUUUUUAAUACGGAAUUCACAAUUCAAGUAAAUUCUUACUGUCACUAACCAAUUGGUGGAAUGGUUAUGUUAUGAAGGGUUUUAUGAAAGCAGUCCCUUACCAUGUACUGUACAUGCCAUAUACAGUACAUGCCCAUUGCCAAAUGAACAAGUAUGAUUCCCAAAGUGAAAGCUGUGAAAGCCCACCUGGGAAACUCCAACUCCCAUUGUCAUUGUGACACAGCACACAAGUGCACACUGCACACAACAAAAUUGCAUUUUAUGCCUCACCCGUGCAAGGGGGAAGCCCCCAGUGGCGCCCCAAGGUAGCAGUGCGGCGGGACGGUAGCCUACCAUGCUCGGGGUACCUCAGUCAUGGAGGAGGAUGGGGGAGAGCAGUGGUUAAUUACUCCCCCCACCAACCUGGCUGGUUGGGAGUCGAAUCGGCAACCUUUGAGCUACGAGCCUGACGCCCUAGCCACUUAGGCCUACCCAUGACUGCCCAUGUGGGGGUCUGGGAUCGUGGACUCACGACUAUUUAAUUCUGAAUUAAAAAUCUCAUGUAAACAUGGCCAAUGCCAUUGACCAGUCUACCCCAGCUCUACUCCACUCCACUCUACUCUACUCUACUCAACUCUACUCAGUAGUCCCAUGAUCUAGUUGUGGAGGGGCAGCUCUACCCCCCUUUACUACAUUUCAUCUUCGGACACAUGUAUGGCGGCGGGUCAGUGAUGUUUCCGGAAGUAGCACACGUCGGGGCAGCACAACGGCCGCCAGUGCCACUAGCCUAUUGUAUGGAUUUUGUUUGUUUGUUUUGUUUGUUCAUUUUCAGUGAAAUAUCUAAGAAGCAUAUUCAUUGCAGCAAAUCAACCCAUUACUAAUUAAUUUAUGGGCAUUAGAUGACAUCUGAACCUAAGAAAUGGGUCUUUGACUCAUGUAACUUCUGAACCGUGCAUCAGUAUCCUGUAUGUAAUGUCCAAGGGCUUGGUGGCAUCAAUGGAAUCCUUGAUAAUGACCAGUUAGGUUAUUAGCUGUGGUUGCUAUAUUUGCUAGAUAGCUUAUACUUGCUUGCAGUCAUGUUAACAAUGCUAUUUAGCAAUGCUAAUUUCAUUGGGGUAAUUAAGGCUAAUUACUGUAUGUAAUUUGCCUAUUACUAUGUGGACACUCUUAUUUACCCCAUUAAGCUUGAUGAUAUGUCACAGGCUUCAAAUUAAAAAGUGCUAGGGGGAAAUGGAUUUUUACAUAGCUCUUUUGUCUCCUGUACUGUAAUAAAUAUUUUCAUUCUGACACUACAGACA